UCAGCCCUCGAAUGUCAACAAUGUAGCUCCUGGGAGAAGGCGUUUCAUAAGCGAUACAAACAGCAGAGGAGGCUGCACGCUGUCUUUCAAAGGAACAAAAACCGUAACAUUCACCGAAUAGCAAUUGUAAUAGUGUAAGCACACUUUUACACGUUAUAAAACAAAAUAUUGAUGACUAUUGAAAAACACGCGGUUUCAGCAGUUUGGAGGGGGUGCUGCUGAAGUCACCAUGUGGAACCAUUCUAAUUUGUAAGAGACCAACGGAGCGCUGACGUGCAAGAAAACGGGAAAGUUACGGACGUGAGCAGGAUGUCUGCGGAUGAGGGGGCUCAUGCCCACGUCAGGUCCGGGGAUGCUCCCAUGUACGUGUAUGAGUCGACGGUGCACUGUGCCAACGUGCUGCUGAGUCUGGAGGACCAGCGGCGGCAGGACAUCCUGUGUGAUGUGACGGUGGUGGUGGAGGGGACGGAGAUCAGGGCCCACAGGGCCGUCCUGGCAGCCAGCAGCAGAUACUUCCUACAGGUGCUGCUGGGACACACACACCCCGAGCAGGAGCCAAUCAUCAGCCUGUCUGACAAGGUCACAGCCAGGGGGUUUGCCCCGCUGCUACAGUUUGCCUACACAGCCAAGCUGGUUCUGAGCAAAGAGAACAUCCAUGAGGUGAUCCGCUGUGCUGACUUCCUAGGCGUUCACAACCUAGAGGACUCCUGCUUCCGCUUUCUGCAGGCCCAGCUGCACAGCGACACCGCUGAUCACAACAAUGGCCUUCUCUGCCGCAAGGAGUUACCACCGUCGGCGCACACCGAUGACUUCAUCACAGAGAUGGACGGUAGUGGUGGUUCCGCAUYGUCGGAGAAGCUCAGGGUGACGUCAUCCUCAGCAACGAGGCGGCGGCCCAAUCACUCAACCCUCACGUCCCUCACCAGYAGCCUGACCUCUGACCUCCCACGAUGCCCCAAAUACAGGAAGUACCAGCAGGCAUGCGCCAAGCACAGCGAAGAGAAUGACGACGAUGACAGCGUCACCUCAGCCGCCUCGUCACACUGCCAUACCUCAACCCCCCCAGGCCCUCUCUCAGAGACCAGCAGCACCCGUCAAGGGGGACAACCUCACCCUCUCUCCCCCUCCAGAAUCAAAGAGGAACCCCGUUCCUGGGGCGAGGGGAGUCCCCCAGGACUGUCAGAGGAUAGCCAGGAUGUCCUGGAGAUGGAGAUGGAGAUGGGUCCGGAGCCCUCAGAGCGUCCCCCCAGCAGAGGCUCACCAUCCUGCCUGAGCUCCUACCUCCAGAGGGGCCUCAGUAACCCAGACAGCACUCUACCUACCACUCCUCUCACCCAGCAGCUACUGAACAACGAACUCUCAUUAGCCCAUAACAGGGAUAGGGACAGGAACAGGGGGGCAUUUCAAGGUGAGGGUGGAAGGGACCUCAGGGCGGUGUCUGCAGGGACAGUGCAUUCGUCUGUGGAUGGCGUGACCAUGCAACCUAUGCCCUCAGACGGACUCAGCAAACAGGAAGUAGAGUUGGAUCGCCGUAGCAGCGUCAUCUUCUCCUCCGGAGUGUGCGACCGCCUGGGAACACCGUCUCAAUCCUACUGCGACCGGAAGUCUCUGGAAAAAGAUCUUUUGGAGAUCACAUCAAAAUCCCUGUGGACAGGUGUUAGUCAGUCCUUCCCCUGCCGCCAGCCUUACUCUCCCCUAUCCUCCUCCACCUCCUCUAACACCCUCACCACGGCCCUCCAGGACCCCCUGCCGACCGUGGCCUGCCGAGCGCAACCCACCACCAGCUGUCCUCUGCCCAUAAAGAUUUACCCCCGCUCCCCUCCAUGCGAGCCCCGCACACGCACCUCCAGCUCCUGCUCAUCUUUCUCCUACCUGGAGGACGUGGGCAGCGGGGACUCGCCCUCCAACAUGCCCCAGUUUGAGUUCUCCUCCUCCCCAUGCUCUGUGUCGGGCUCUGGCCUGGCUCGCUGUCUGGUGGGGGAGCAGAGGGAGCACGGUGGGAUGGUGGUGGGGGAAGCCAUCUUCUCUCAGGGCCGUGCCAAGAUCAAGUGUGAACGUUCGUACGGGGCCAACUCCAGUGAUGAAUCUGGGUCCUUCUCAGAGGGAGACAGUGAGUCCGGCCCUGCCAGAGAGCCAGGCCCUGAGGUCAAACUUCCAUUCCCGGUGGAUCAGAUCACCAACCUUCCCCGUAAUGACUUCCAGAUCAUGAUAAAGAUGCACAAACUGACCUCAGAGCAGCUGGAGUUCAUUCACGACAUCCGGCGGCGCAGUAAGAACCGCAUCGCCGCCCAGCGCUGCCGCAAGAGGAAGCUGGACUGCAUCCAGAACCUGGAGGUGGAGAUACGCAAAUUGGUGCAUGAGAAGGAGAAGCUACUGAGUGAGAGGAACCAGCUGAAGGUGUGUAUGGGUGAGCUGUGGCAGAACCUCUCCUACCUGUCCCAGGCUGUGUCCCAGGAGGUGUGCAGGGAGGUGCAGGGGAACCCCGAGAAGACCAAAGCCCUGCUCCCUACACACAGGCCCAGCGAUCCCACCGCUCCCACCAACAGCAUCUCCAUCAUGGCCAGCAUCGACCUCACCUCCAACCCAGGCUCCCCAACCUCAGAGGGCAGCCUGACCAAGUCACCCUGCUCCUAUGAAAGCCCUGUGGAGAGAGAUGUUGGCUCUGGGCAGAGGCUUAGGAGGGGGCAGGGCGGUGUGGAGACAGAGGUGUCUGUCCUGGGGCAGGAUAACCCUGAGUCUUCCCUAGAGCCUGGAGCAUCUCCGGGUGUGUGUAGCCCCACUGUUUCGGUGGAUUUCUGUCAAGAGAUGACUGAGAAAUGCACGACAGAAGAACAGCCCGGACAGGUCUGUACCUAGCUAGCUACGACUGAAUAGCUAGCAACCAUUUGUCUUUUUAUUGUUAUUAUGACACACAUCUCUACCUUGAUAYGUAUAAAGUUUGAAAUACAUUUGUUAUCUGUGUUUUUUAAAGGAUGACACUACAGUUGUCUUAUCAGCAAUACUGUUAAAACAGGUAUUUGGAGUUAUCAAACUCCUUAAGACAUAGCACUGGCAGCUUCCCCCUCUCUCUUUAUCUCUCCACCCAGCUAGCACAUUUAAUUCCUUGGAAGUUGUGGGAAUGUAUGUUUUUGGUUUCACAUUCGUUGUGGGAACGAAGCCAUACGUUUCCUGACUGGUAAAACUGAACGUUUUUUAAACGAGAACAGAAGGGAACAUUUAGCCUGUUCUGGGAAUGUUUAUUUUUAGGUUGCAGGGAGGUUCUGAUAACUUUUUACUCUGGUUCAUUGAAAGUUUUCCUGGGAGAUUUUAUUAACGCUCUGAGAACAGAAAUUAUAGGUUAUUUGGAGGUUUUUGAAUGACUU